CCCUUUUUUCUUUUUAGAAAUUACGAGUUGAGCAAAAGCCCAGGGGUGUUCACUAGAUCCCAGUCUAGUCAGAAGGCCAUUGAGGGGACGUACGAAUAGCUGGAAUAGUGAUAACUGAUCAAGGUGUACGACAAUGGCAGAAGGCCUGUACAGAAUUGGAGAGUGUAUCUACAUGGAGGUGUAUCCCCCACCGAUGCCCUAUCAAAUUUGCAAGAUCGAAGAACUAAGAAAGAAUUCAAAAGGGAGCGUUGAAGUGGCUGCAAAAUGUUUUUACCGCCGAAAAGACCUCCCUGCCAACCUCCUUGUGGCAGCCGACAGACACACCAGUGAGUUCACGCUUACAUUGGCUACAGAGGAGGAGAAUGAAGUGGAGAAUCCUGAAGUGGCCAAGAACAGUUUUGACAAGUUGGGAGAAUUAGACGGCCAUCUUAUUCGCCACAGGGAACUUUUCCUGUCAAGACAGGUGGAGACCUACAAAAUAGACAUGGUUAGGGGAAAGUGCACGGUGUCUUUACUAAACGAGCUGGAGGAAAUCAAGAGCUACAUUGACAAGGAAGACACCUUCUUUUACUCCAUGGUCUAUGACCCCAGUCAGAAGACCCUCCUCGUGGACAAGGGGGAGAUUAGGGUUGGCGGCGACUAUCAAGCUGAGAUUUCACCGUACAUUGACCCAGAGUCUCGGGAGCCAGUGCCCCACCCUGCUGCUCAGAUGUGGGCUCCUGGCAAAAUGGCCGAUAACAAAGUGGAGCAAUUUCUCGUUGUUGCCAGGUCUAUUGGUACCUUUGCUCGGGCGUUACUGGAUGGAGCCAAGAAGCCACAGAUUAGUUUACGAUUGGGGGCUGCUGCUGCCUCAAGAGAUAUUACCCUGUUUCAUGCAAUGGACACGCUGCACCUUAAUGUGUAUGAUAUCACCCAGGCAACCAGCUGUCUAGUUCCAAGAGGCCCUGUGCUUUGUGCAGAUGAGCUAGAAGCCUGGACUCAAGAUGAGGCAAAGAGGUUUGAGGACGGGCUGCAAGAACAAAAAGACUUUCUUUACAUUCAGAGAAAAUAUUUGCCAUGGAAACCUGUCAAAAGCAUUGUGGCGUACUAUUACAUGUGGAAGACCACUGACCGCUAUCAGAUUCAGAAACGCCAUAGAAUGAUUGAGAAACAGAACGAUCUGAAAGAGGUCAUAGUUCAUUUGAGGACCCCCUCUGGAGGCCCUCCUACUGGGCAAAGGGACCUGUCAGGCAAGGCAGCAUCCGCUGGUACCAUGCCCACCGAUGUCCCUGACUCAAAUGUUACUGUGCCCACUGCCAGUGACGGAGAGAAGGGCUGUGAGAGUUGUCUGGCUGCAACAUCUGUCCGGUGGUAUCAGUGGGGCCCCGCCCAUGAGCACUGCAGGCUAUGCAACCACUGCUACACUUAUUGGAGGAAGUAUGGAGGCCUUAAAAGGCCAACUAAAUGGGAAAAUCAAGAGAAGAGGACGAGUACUCUAAUUCCUGGAAUCAAGAAGAGUUUCAGAGAACGGUCUGGAAUGCAGAUACGGCACUUGGGGAAAAAGUCUUCCAAGCGUGACGAUAAGCGUAAUGGGGAUCUUAUCCCCGUGAUGCCAUUCUUCAUGACACCCACCAGGAUCAGCUAUUACAUGAGGGAGAAGCUGGGUGUUACUAGGAUACUGAAGGCUGCUCGUAGCCCCACCUCAAUCAUUGAUCUUAAGGACGUAGCCAGACCAACAGCAAGUGAACUGAACCAGUUCACCAAAAAGCACCGUAAGAUUCGUCGGAAGCCACGUCUCUCUGAGCCCUUAGUGGCGUCUCUCAAACACAAUGUCAAGAGUCCAAUUCGGUUUAUUCGCCCUAGCCCCACCCCCAUUUCCCCCAGCUAUAAGUCCAGGACGCACCCUAAGCUUUCAACUAAAGGAAAAAUAACCACAUCAGGCACCUAUAUCCCUCCAAAGUCACAGGUUGAGUCGACCAAUCAGCAGCAGGCACAGCCACAGGUAUCUACUGCUGGCACAUACGUCCCCCCUGAGACCACUGUAGUUAAAGGGCAACGAAAACGUAAGCUAGACACAGAUAAUAUUAAGGAAGGUGAUGCUCCCCCUACUAAAGUGGCACGCCCAUCAUCCCCAACUACUUUUGGACCUGGAGAAAUGUUUUUCAAAGUAGAUGAUGGAACCAAGAGUGCCAGAGAGCACUUGGGCCAUGAGAGUCUAUUAAAAGCUGCUCGUUCUCCGAACAAACCCAUUACAUUCUAGGACAGUCAGUCACCACUGUUUGAAUACGUGAAACGAAUUAUGAACAAUUAGUUAUUUCACAUUUGCAUGGCAUAUUGUUGACCUUUGUCUAAGUAUACUUGCACUGACCCCCAAAAAAUGUUUGACUUCACCGUUG